CCGCAGCAGCCGCCGGCAGAGGACGAGGCGCCAGCAGCACGGCCACCGGUACCCCCAGCAGUGCCUGCGUCGUCCGCAGCAGAAAAGAGCCUGCCCUCGGCUCCCCUGAACAUUAUCCAGCCCUCGGAGGCACCAGCUGAGGAAGAUGACUUUAAACCUCGGCCGAUCAUUCCCAUGCUUUAUGUGGUUCCACGGACCAAAAAGGUGGUGUUUGACAAGGAGCGCAUGUCCUGCCAGCAGGCGUUUGAGCAGUUUGCCACGCAAAAGAGUCCAAGUUGGCAGGAGCAGACGGUCCCCAUGGACAUCCCUGUGAAGGAGGAGGAGAAUGCAGAAGCAGAACAUACAGAGGUCGCUGCAGAGGUCAGUGAUUUACAGACUGCUUCUGCUUUUUCAAAAAUUAAGAUGGAGAUAAAAAAGAGUCGUCGUCAUCCACUGGGCAAACCACCAACCCGCUCCCCACUGUCGGUGGUUAAACAGGAGACCUCGAGUGAUGAGGAAACGUUUCCAUUUUCUGGGGAGGAAGAUAUGAAUGACCCAGAGGCUUUGAAAUCUUUGCUUUCCCUCCAGUGGAAGAAUAAAGCACAUAAUUUCCCAGCUGAAAGAAAAUUCAACGCAGCUGCUGCCCUGAGCGAGCCAUACUGUGCCGUCUGUACCCUCUUUUACCCGUAUAACCAGUCCUUACAGAUGGAUAAAGAAGCUGUCCCAGUCUCUGUAGGGGAGACCACCUCUUUCGUCCACCUUUCUAAGUGCGGACAGAAGACCAAGCCUCUGAUCCCGGAGAUGUGCUUUACCUCAAGUGGAGAAAACACAGAGCCCCUUCCUUCAAAUUCAUAUAUCGGAGAGGAUGGAACCAGUCCCUUGAUAUCCUGUGCCAAAUGCUGCCUGCAGGUUCAUGCUAGCUGUUACGGAAUACGUCCAGAUUUGGUGAAUGAAAGUUGGUCUUGCUCACGGUGCUCAGCCAAUGCAUGGGCAGCGGAAUGUUGCCUGUGUAAUCUCAGGGGAGGAGCUCUUCAGAUGACCACUGAUGGGCGGUGGAUCCAUAUAAUCUGUGCUAUUGCUGUCCCCGAGGCCCGUUUUCUCAACGUAAUAGAGCGUCAUCCUGUGGACAUCAGUGCUAUUCCAGAGCAGAGAUGGAAACUGAAAUGCGUGUACUGUCGGAAACGGAUGAAGAAAGUGUCUGGUGCCUGCAUCCAGUGCUCGUAUGAGCACUGCUCCACAUCCUUCCACGUGACCUGCGCGCACGCAGCUGGCGUGCCCAUGGAGCCAGACGACUGGCCCUACGUUGUGUCCAUCACUUGCUUCAAACACAAAGCAGCUAACCAGAAUAUUCAGUUUCGAAGGGAAGUGACCCUUGGGCAGACUGUGAUCACAAAGAACCGGAAUGGACUCUACUACAGAUGUAAAGUGAUUGGCAUGACAACACAGACUUUCUAUGAAGUAAACUUUGAUGACGGUUCAUACAGUGACAACGUUUACCCAGAAAGCAUUAUUAGCAGAGACUGCCUCCAAAUGGGACCCCCUCCAGAGGGUGAAUUGGUUCAGCUGCAGUGGACAGAUGGAAUCAUCUAUAAGGCCAAGUUUAUUGCAGCCCAGAUCAGUCAGAUUUACCAGGUCGAGUUCGAAGACGGUUCCCAACUAAUGGUAAAGCGUGGUGAUAUUUAUACCUUGGAGGAGGAGCUUCCCAAGAGAGUGAAGUCUCGCCUGUCCCUCAGCACUGGGGCCCCUCAGGAAGAUGUAUUUUCGGGAGAUGAAGUGAGAGCAGCCAAGCGCCCCCGGCUGGGGAAUUCAAGAAAUCCCGAAGAAUACGGACAAAACCCAGAUUACUUGGCCUUUAUGGAGAGCCUGUUGCAGACACAGUACCAGCCUGGAACUCAGAGCAACCUGUUUUAACCAGGAUUAAUUAAGAAUAUUAAGUUAACCCUUUUCAAGCCUGUGGAAAAAUAACCAGGAAACUGUGGAAUAGAAGACCAUCCUUGUGCAAUAGCCUGCUGUGAAUUCCUUUCAUCUACUCUUGGUUUGGACGGCAAGAAAAUCCCGUCUGGCUGCACGCUACCUCUACUUUGCCAGACAUUGCUGACCAGUAGAAUAGGGAGCUUGAAAAACCGUCAAGACAGCAUUUCACACGGAGACUUUGGAAGAGUUAGUACUAACGGAGCUUUGUGACUGGCUCCUUUUUAUGAGGCUUGGAAAGGGUUAAAAUUUGACAAAAUGACUUUUUAAAAAUAUGUCAAACUCUUUUGUCUUUAAAGGUGCUAUUACAUUGACUACUGAAGCAGCCUUUGGAAUUGUGUUUUCUGUACAUAGACGUCAACUUUGUGAAGUUUUCUAUAAAUGAGCUUAUUAAAAAAAAAAAAGCAAACAAAAAUAGGAAAACAAACAUUU